UAAUUUUCUGCAAACAUCAAUCUUAUCUUACAAAGGAUGCCCUCAACCUUCCUUUUCAGCACACCACAACCACCACCACAACACUCCACACCCAAACUUCCAACCACCACCGCCGCCGCCUCCGCCGUCGCGCCAGCGACCACUCACUUACCGAACGCAGACAAGUUCGCACUCCUAAUCGACAACGUCAAGUCGGUCCACCACCUCCUGGAAAUUCACGCUGCCGUCCUCCGCCGUGGCCUGGAGUGCCACCUCCCCAUUCUCCCCUUCAAGCUCCAGCGAUCGUACUCCUCCCUCGGCCACCUCCACCACUCCCUCUCCGUCUUCAACCUCACUCCAAACCCCACCGUGUUCUCAUGGACCGCGAUUAUCUACGCUCACGCCCACCGUGGUCUCUUCCACCAUUCCCUCACCCUCUACUCCCAAAUGCUCCAAACCUCCGUGCAACCCAACAACUUCACCUUCUCUUCACUACUCAAAGGGUUACCCCUCGAACCCGCCAUGGCCCUCCACUGCCACGUCGUCAAGUUCGGUUUCUGCGACGACUUGUAUAUCACAACGUGCCUGGUUGACGCUUACGCUCGCGGGGGUGAUAUUGUUUCCGCGCAGAAGCUGUUCGACGAAAUGCCUGAGAGAAGCUUGGUGUCUCUCACAGCUAUGAUCACUUGCUACGCAAAGCACGGGAAGCUCGCUAAGGCACGGAAGGUGUUUGAUGAAAUGGAGGAGGAAAGAGAUGUGGUUUGUUGGAAUGUUAUGAUUGAUGGGUACACUCAGCAUGGGUUACCCAAUGAGGCUUUGUUGCUGUUUAGGAAGAUGCUGGGUGAGAAGAAGAAAAGGAACAGUAAGGUUAGGCCUAAUGAGGUUACUGUGUUGGCGGUGUUAUCUUCUUGUGGGCAACUUGGUGCACUUGAGUCUGGUAGGUGGGUGCAUUCCUACAUUGAGAACAAUGGGAUUGGGGUUAAUGUUCAAGUGGGUACUGCUUUGGUUGAUAUGUAUUGUAAAUGUGGUAGCUUAGAGGAUGCGCGCAAGGUUUUUGAUGGGAUUUCUUGUAAGGAUGUGGUGGCUUGGAACUCCAUGAUUAUGGGGUAUGCCAUUCAUGGGUUUUGCGAAGAGGCUUUUCGGUUGUUUGAUGAGAUGCGAGGAAUGGGAGUUUUGCCAACUGAUAUUACCUUCAUUGCGGUUUUGAGUUCCUGUGGGCAUUCUGGUUUGGUUGCCAAAGGAUGGGAGGUUUUCGAUUUGAUGAAGAACAGAUAUGGGAUUGAACCGAAGAUUGAACAUUAUGGGUGUAUGGUGAAUCUUCUUGGCCGAGCUGGGCACCUUCAAGAGGCCUUUGACCUUGUAAGGGGCAUGAAGAUUGAUCCUGAUCCUGUUUUGUGGGGAACUCUUCUUUGGGCUUGUAGGCUUCAUAACAAUGCUUCACUGGGAGAGGAAGUUGUGGAGUUCCUUGUGAGCCACAACUUGGCAAAUUCGGCGACUUAUGUACUCCUUUCCAACAUGUAUGCUGCUGCUGGGAACUGGGAAGGUGUUGCAAAUAUAAGGUUACUGAUGAAACAGUAUGGAGUUGAGAAGGAACCUGGUUGUAGCUCAAUUGAGGUUAACAACAGGGUACAUGAGUUUCUUGCUGGCGAUUUAAGACACCCAAAGAGCAAGGAGAUAUACUUGAUGUUGGAGGAGAUGAAUUGUUGCCUCAAGGCCAAGGGUUAUACACCAAAGACAGAUAUCAUUUUGCAUGAUCUAGCGGAGGAACAAAAGGAGCAGUCCCUGGAAGUUCAUAGUGAGAAACUAGCUUUGGCAUUUGGACUAAUUAGUACUCGUCCAGGAACCCCAAUCAAGAUUGUGAAGAACCUUAGGGUGUGUUUGGAUUGUCAUGCUGUGAUGAAGAUGAUGUCUAAGAUCACUGGGCGUAAAAUUGUAAUGAGGGACCGGAAUCGUUUCCACCACUUUGAGAAUGGUUCAUGUUCAUGUGGGGAUUAUUGGUGAACUUAAUUCGUUAAUCAUGAAGUAAAAUUCCUUUCAUAUGGGGAAACUACAACCGGUGUUAAAUUUCAUUAGUAGAUACUGAGAUGUAUGUUGUAUACUAUUAACAAAUUACUCACACCACUGUUACUCGAACCUCUACCAAUCUUGGUUAUUAAGAUAAUGAAUUUGUCAAGAUCCAAGUGCAUUUUCUGUUUGCUACAUAUCUAUAUCAUCUAUAUUCCUCUCUGAUGUAGUUUUAGCUCUCUAGAACAUGACAAGCUCCCUUGACAGUACCAACACCAGCGCCACGAUCAACACAAGCACAACUUCGAUUAAUUA